GUACGCUCAGUCUACCUUUCGUUAGUUGGCUCGUCUUAAAAGUGGCUGGCCCACAUAUCAUCCCCUUAGUAAUCUUCGACGCGUGUUGCCGUUCGCGUCUACCGGACACUACGGAUAAACAGUCAGCCGCUCGAUCACGGUCAUUUAAAGCUCUUACCAUCGACACGAGUCUCUUUAGAGUCGAAGUUUUUGGAACUUGCGCCGGCUGAACCUCGGAACCAAUCGACGAUUGCCACGGAAUGGCUGAGUAAAAGCUGUGGUCGCAGGAGCCACGAAAUGAAUCCAGCAGAAAUUAAAUCCAUUUGCAGCCCGCUUGGAAAAACCCGGAACGGCGUGAACGUGUGCCAGUUUUCGUUGCAUCUUUCUCAAAGUCUGUUUCCCCAUCUCUGAGGGAAUUUCUUCCACUGUACAGCGAAACGAACCGAAGGAAAAAAGUAAAAGUGAAACACGGAGGAACCGGAGAAUACACGCGUAGCGACGAAACGAGAUCGAAUCGAGACCAAAGAAUAAGCCGAAGAGUAAAACGAACCGGUGAGCGACGACUCUCCGAACCCGAAGACCUUUCACGUGAAGAAAAGAUAAAGAGAAAACCGCGUCUAUUACGCGAAAAGCUUUUAAACCGCCGCGCCAAGGGAAGAAAACUUAUUAAGGAUUAUUCGGUUUCACAAACGAACGUCAACAUGAGUACAUUGAGCAGCACCCCAUCCACGUCCGUGAAGGAAUUCUACAGGGACAGGUCUAUCUUCAUCACUGGCGGCACUGGAUUCAUGGGCAAAGUCCUCGUCGAGAAGCUACUGAGAUCUUGUCCCGGAAUAAAGAAUAUUUAUUUGUUGAUGAGACCCAAGAAAGGCCAGAACGUUCAGGAAAGGCUGCAGCAAUUGUUAAACGGGCCGCUGUUCGAAAAGUUGCGACGGGACUCUCCACACGAGCUUCUGAAAAUCAUUCCUGUAGCUGGGGACGUGACGGAACAUGAAUUGGGCAUCUCAGAAACUGAUCAGAACACGCUCAUUCGACGCGUGUCGGUCGUCUUUCAUUCCGCUGCCACGGUAAAAUUCGACGAAGCGCUGAAACUUUCAGUUACCAUCAACAUGGUCGGCACCAAACAGCUAUUGAAUCUAUGCCAUCGCAUGCACAAUUUAGAGGCCCUCAUCCAUGUUUCGACAGCAUAUUGCAACUGCGAUCGUAAGGAGGUCGGCGAGGAGAUUUAUCCGCUGUCAACCGAACCUGAACACGUAAUCGCAUUGACGAAGGUCAUGGAUACCAAGAUGGUUGAUGAAAUAACACCGACUCUGAUCGGCAACAGACCGAAUACCUAUACGUUCACCAAAGCCCUCACCGAGAGGCUGCUGGAAUCGGAAUCCGGUUAUUUGCCAGUCGCAAUUGUGAGACCUUCUAUCGUGUUGUCGUCGUUUAGGGAGCCAGUGGCUGGAUGGGUAGACAACUGGAACGGACCGACUGGAAUUAUUGCCGCUGCUGGCAAAGGUGUCUUGAGAACUAUGCUGUGUCACGAAGAUAAGGUAGCAGACUUAGUACCGGUCGACAUGGUGAUUAACUUGAUGAUCUGCACGGCAUGGAGGACCGCUACGAAUCGCACGCAGACGAUCCCCGUGUACAAUUGUUGUACAGGCCAACAGAAUCCAAUUACUUGGAAGCAGUUCGUCGAAAUGAUGUUUAAAUACACACGAAUGCACCCGCCGAACGGUGCGUUCUGGUAUCCGGGCGGACUGUGCCGUCACUCCGUUAUAAUGAAUAGGACGUGCUUGUUCUUCCAGCACAUGUUACCGGCGUACGUUGUAGACUUUUUCCUGCGGUUAAAGGGUAAACCGACUAUCAUGGUCGACAUACAGAUGAAGCUCUACAAAGCCGCCAGUUGCUUGGAGUACUUCAGCACGAAAGAAUGGAAGUUUAGAGACGACAACGUUCGUCGGUUAGGGGAACAGCUCAGCCCCGAGGACCGAGAGACUUUUAUGUUUGAUGUUAGAGAAAUUAACUGGGGAACGUAUUUGGAGGACUACAUAUUGGGAAUUCGACACUUCAUUUUGAAGGAGAGUCCGGACACGUUGCCAGCUGCUCGUUCACAUAUUAGAAAGUUAUAUUGGCUUCAGAAAGCUGUACAAUUUGGGAUGUUGUUGAUAGUGCUGCGUUUUCUGCUUUGGCGCAGUUCCGUAACCCGAACUGCAUCUUUGUCACUGCUGUCUAUCGUGCUACGCAUGUGCCGUAUGAUUGUUUGACGGCUCAGAACCCUGGUUGAGGAUCGCGACAAGCGUGAUAUGAAACAAAAGUUAAUCGUAAAGCAUAAUUUAAAGGUGCGGAUUGUCCUUCGACUUCACUGCUCGGCGUUCCCGACGAUAAAUCGCUAUGUUCACGCGUCCCAUUGGUUGGCCUUUUCGAUGUUUCUAUUUGUUCGUAAAUAUUAGCGUUCGCUAGCUCUGUAAUUCUGCAGGAUGUGUCGGUUGUAACAUUUAAAAAAAUACGCAGGAUGAAGCAACGUGUAUGCGAAGCUUCCGAAAUUAUGUGAAUCCUUUGUUAUUCGAAAUUGUUCGAAAGAGUUAGUUAGUUAAUCCUUUUGUAAUAUUUGCGUCGUCUUCUUGUUCGAGAUAGCAUUUACAAAAAGAGAAAAAAGUAAAAACGGAAAGAAAGUUCACGUUUUAUUACGAGUUAUCGUGACGCGUUCUCUUUUAUGCCGCCAAGAUGUAACGUUCUUGAACAUCGAUUUAUCGCAUAUCGCCGAUUUGUAAUGAUGGGACACUAGGAGUAUUCGAUCAAUUUAGAUGCCAUGAGACCUUUUGGUCUGGAUUUCCUGGAUGUUUAUCUGGGUGUUACUUUGCGGUAUCAUCGAGCACCGCCUCUUAAAAUAAUACGACGCGUAAACUCCAUGAGCCGGCUGGUCGAAUACUGGCCGAAUAUUUAAUGUACCAGAAAAAACCUUGUGAUUUGCUAUCUUAAUAACAUCGUUGAGAUUUUUUUUUUAAAUCCUUUUCUAAAUGUUUUAGCUUGAAGACCAAAAACGAUCAUAGUUUACAGAUCAUUUAAGGAGAAAUAUUUGUUAUUCGUAUAUUUUUACGUUCCAAAUAUUUAUCUCCGCAACGGUUAAGAAUUUUAAAAAAAUACUUGUUAUAUAAUUUAUGUUCUUUUCGCGCGUUGAAGCUUUGAACCAGUUUCCUUAAAUUUUUAAUCGACAAGGUUUUACUGUAUUCCAUUGCCGAGGAAACACGUUUCGCUGCUUUGUUUUGCCAAACAAAAACAAACCCACAUUUAAUAUUAAUUGUAGAAAUAAAUGGAAGCGGUAGAUAUAUAAAUGUAUUUUAACAUAGCCAAACAAAUUUUAACGCCCGUAAUCUUCCUUCCUUUUCAUAAUUUUUAUGCGAUAAAUUAAGAAAUAACGCGAACUUCUCUUCCUGCAGGAUUGUUUAAUCCUUUCACGCGUGGGUUUUUAAGCGCCAACCCCCCGCUCAUUAAGUGAGUUCUUUUUUUCCACAAUUUAGUAUAAUAUGCCGCUACGUACGGCUGUAUAUGAUGAAAUUACGUACACAUAAAAGCCCAAAGGAUUAAACAUUAGCCCAACGUCGAAUCCUUUCGAGUCUAAUGUUGAAACAUCAAUUUCCCUUUAAAUUAUUGUUACAAGUUAAACACGCAUACGUUUAUGUCUAGUAUUCGGGGACAUUUUUCCCACAAAGUAGUACAUCGCUGCAUAGACUCAAAAGGAUUAAUUAAAAAAUUUAAAUGCCGGCUAGAGGAGUUACAAAUACGUCGUGCCUUUGUCUCGUCGCUAUCUGGCAUUUUUUGUUCGUUUGUACUGCGACGUAAGAUACAUAGAUGGAUAUUUAGCCAUGUUCGUAUAACAAAUACGAUCGAUUUAUUCGAUUUCACUAUCAACGAACCAAGUUACUUUUUGGAGAAUUGGGGAAACAUUAAUGAAUUAUAAUUUUUAACCUAUAUCUCUACUACAAUUUUUAAUCUAUACAUAUAUUAGAAUUUCUACAUUCCCUUCGGUUUUGUGUACUUGCCCGGAAUAAAAGAUUACCGUAUGCUUAUAAAA